AUGAGCUCUUUGAGCUUGCGGAGCCUGGCUCCCGCCUCCAAGGUUUCCCGCAUCUUGAGGGACCAGAGACGCAUGUUCUCUUCCUCCCGUCCUGCUGCCCGGAUAUGGACCAACCAGCCGCUGCGCGCAAAGGCUGCCGAGGGCUACAUUUCUGAGAAGUACCCGAUCAUUGACCAUGAGUACGAUGCCGUCGUCGUUGGUGCCGGCGGUGCCGGUCUGCGUGCGGCCUUCGGUCUCGCCGAAGCUGGUUUCAACACUGCCUGUGUUUCUAAGCUUUUCCCUACUCGCUCUCACACUGUCGCUGCUCAGGGUGGUAUCAACGCUGCUCUCGGAAACAUGCACGAGGACGACUGGAGAUGGCACAUGUACGACACUGUGAAGGGUUCAGACUGGCUUGGAGACCAGGAUGCUAUCCACUACAUGACCCGUGAGGCUCCUGCUAGUCGUGCUUUCGGUGGUCAGUCCAAGGAGUACGGUAAGGGAGGCCAGGCCUACCGAUGCUGCGCUGCUGCUGAUCGUACCGGUCACGCUUUGCUGCACACUCUGUACGGCCAGUCUCUGCGCCACAACGCCAACUACUUCAUCGAGUACUUUGCCCUCGAUCUGCUGAUGGAGGAUGGCGAGUGCCGCGGUAUCAUUGCCUACAACCAGGAGGACGGUACACUGCACCGUUUCAAGGCCCACCACACUGUUCUGGCCACCGGUGGUUACGGACGUGCCUACUUCAGUUGUACCUCCGCCCACACCUGUACCGGUGACGGUAUGGCCAUGGUUGCCCGUGCUGGUCUGCCCAACCAAGAUCUGGAGUUCGUCCAGUUCCACCCCACUGGUAUCUACGGUGCUGGAUGUCUGAUUACCGAGGGUUCUCGUGGUGAGGGUGGUUACCUCCUCAACUCCGAGGGUGAGCGUUUCAUGGAGCGUUACGCCCCUACCGCCAAGGAUCUGGCUUCGCGUGACGUUGUCUCCCGUUCGAUGACCCUUGAGAUUCGUGAGGGCCGUGGUGUCGGUCCCGAGAAGGACCAUAUCUACCUCCAGCUGAGCCACUUGCCCGCCGAGCUGCUCCACGAGCGUCUGCCUGGUAUCUCCGAGACCGCCUCCAUUUUCGCCGGUGUCGACGUUACUAAGCAGCCCAUCCCCGUCCUGCCCACCGUCCACUACAACAUGGGUGGUAUCCCUACCAAGUACACCGGUGAGGUCCUGAGUGUUGACGAGAACGGCAAGGACAAGGUGGUUCCCGGUCUGUACGCCUGUGGUGAGGCCGCUUGUGUCUCCGUCCACGGUGCCAACCGUCUGGGAGCCAAUUCCCUGCUCGAUCUGAUUGUCUUCGGCCGUGCCGUGUCGCACCGUGCCAUCAAGGACCUUGAUUUCGCCCGUAACGCUGAUGGCCCCAAGUCCACCUUCGAGAUCCGUAACGCCAUGCAGAAGGCCAUGCAGACUGACGUCAGUGUGUUCCGUACCCAAGAGUCCCUUGACGAGGGUGUGCGCCGCGUGAACGAGAUCGACACCUGGUACGAACAGGUCGGCACCAAGGACCGCAGCAUGAUCUGGAACUCCGACCUUGUUGAGACGCUUGAGCUCCGUAACUUGCUGACUUGCGCUACCCAAACCGCUACUGCCGCCGCCAACCGUAAGGAGUCCCGUGGUGCCCACGCCCGUGAGGACUUCCCCGAGCGUGACGACGCCAACUGGAUGAAGCACACCCUGACCUGGCAGAAGAAGGCGCACGGCAAGGUUGACCUUGGUUACCGAGCCGUCGAGGCCAACACUCUGGAUGAGGCUGAGUGCAAGCCAGUGCCCCCAUUCAAGCGUACCUACUAA